AUGAGCCCAUCAUUGAUACCCGAUGUAAAUACAUUGCUCACAUCAAUAAUCAAACAUGGCAACAUCGACAUGCUCGAGCUAUACCUCAACUCAUCAUACCGAGCCAUGCCAACAGACAUCGUGUUGGACAACCUUUACAUUGCCAUCGACACUGGAAACAUACAGUUCGUGCGACUGUUGCUAAGCCAAUUGACAAUGUUCAUCCAUGAAGAAAGAGACAACAAUGGAGACAAGAUUAUCAAGUUCAGACGACGAAGUAUCAGUGUUGGCAUGUUGAGAAUGCUGCAUGAGGAGUUCAAAUGUCUCUAUUCCCUCAAAGAUCUGUGUAGGAGUGUACUGACACACUCAAUCAUUUGUAACCUGGCAGACAAUGUUGAGUACAUCAUGAACAACAUGCCAAUGGAGUUGGACCAUGGUAUAUUUAACUGGUACAUCAACAAAGAAGAGGGGCUGGUUAAAUGUGCCAAACAUGGAUACAUCACAACGUUCAAAGCAUUCGCCACGUCACCUGUUGGCGCCAAGUACCUCAGUAGAGAGGACAUUACAAACAUCAUCAUGGCCGCGUUCAACAAUGGACAGGAAGAAUUUAUCAAAUAUCUCUACAAGCUUCAUUUGGACAGUGGCCAUAAAGCAUUCAGAGGGCAGGCUAUGGCAGUGUUUGGAGACCCCGCACGUCAAGCAUGGUGA